GACGCGACGCCGGGUUUGCCUCGCCGCCCCCUGCUAUAAAGCGCCGGACGGCCCCGGCUUCUACUAACUUUUGCUUCGCCGUCGACGUGAACCCUCGUAGCUUGCUUGCUUGCUUGCCGCUUUGCUUCGGAGUGUAGCUUGUCAGCUGGUGGUGGUGGUGGUGUGAUGGAGCUGCAGGGGCUGGGGAGGUACUGGGGCGUGGGCGGGAGGAGGUGCGGGGCGUGCGCUGGGUCGCCGGCCGCGGUGCACUGCCGGACGUGCGAUGGCCGCAGAGGCGGAGGGGACGGGGCGUACCUGUGUGCGGGGUGCGACGCCGGGCACGCGCGGGCGGGGCACGAGAGGGUGUGGGUCUGCGAGGUGUGCGAGCUCGCACCGGCCGCGGUCACCUGCAAGGCCGACGCCGCCGCGCUCUGCGCUGCGUGCGACGCGGACAUCCACCACGCCAACCCGCUGGCGCGCCGUCACGAGCGCGUCCCCGUGCUGCCCAUCGGGUCCUCGUCGCCUGAGGGGCAGGAGCAGGACGCGUUCGUGAUGUCGUUCGGCGGCUCGGUGGACGGGGAGAAGCAGGACGCCGUGGUGAACCUGAACGACGCUCUGGAGGCCGGCCCCGACGGGAAGGAGAACGUGAAGCUGGACUUCCUGUUCGCGGACAUGAUGGACCCUUUCUUCGGCUCCGAGCUCCCGCGCUUCCCGCACGCUGACAGCGUUGUCCCCAGCGGUGGCGCGGUGGAACUGGACUUCGGUGGCGUUGCCGCCGCCGCAGCCGUCGUUUCCAACCCGUCCUACAGCUCCUACACGGCGGCGUCGAUCGGUGGAAGCGGCUCCUCGUCGGAGGUCGGCUUGGUGCCGGACGCGAUCUGUGGCCGAGGCGGCGGCAUCAUCGAGCUGGACUUCGCACAGUCCAAGGCCGCGUAUCUGCCGUACACCCCCACGCCUAGCCACAGUACUGUCUCCUCGGUGGAUGUUGGGCCUGUGCCGGAGCGGAGCGAAAGCGCCGUCGCGGCGGCGACGCCGGCGAUGGGGGAGGGGAGGGAGGCGCGUUUGAUGCGGUACCGCGAGAAGCGCAAGAACCGGCGGUUUGAGAAGACCAUCCGGUACGCGUCCCGGAAGGCCUACGCCGAGAGCCGGCCGCGCGUCAAGGGCCGCUUCGCCAAGCGCGCCGACGACGCCGACGCCGACGCCGUCGCAGCGGCCACGAUCACCGCGCCGCGUCCCUGCGUGCUCGACUUCAGCGGCUACGGCGUGGUGCCCACCUUCUGAGGCGGCGCCUAACUUCGUGUCCUGCUUCCUCCGGCGAACGUGCCGGCUGCGUGCCUAAUUAACCCGGCGCGGCAUGGCCGGCACGAGCGCGCCGACGUGCAUGCGUCGUGUUCCCUCUUGUAUAAUUGCAUGUAAUGUUUUUCGAGCUGGCUGAUCGCUGGCUGGAGUGGAGUAUACUGCUCGACAUGCAUGCGCGCACGCAUGUUUCGCUAGAACUAGAAUAGAAUAAUGCAGAUAGUUCUAGCUGACUAGUCUACCUGUACCCUUUUCUGGGCUAGCUUGAUGGGAAAUUAUGCUAGGGCGACGUAACGUCUUUGCUGGAA